CAACAGAUAUGAUGGAAAUAAAACCAAAUAUUCAUAUAAGAAGCACUAUGCAACAACACAAGGAGCAGGUGGUCUUUAAAUCAACUGGCUUACUGCCUAAUAGACUCACAGAGGAUACGUCUAUUGUCCAUUGUCUGUUUCUUGAUUAACUUUAUCCAAGGAGAUUGCUGCAUAACAAUUCACCAUCAUAAAUGGACGAUGAGAAGAAGAAGGACUCAUUACGAACAUCUGUGGAAAUAAAAUGCCGGGAGGAUAUAAUAAACUUACCUCACAUUGCAACACUGCGAGAUCUUAAGUCACAAUGGAAUAUAGAGAGCGACAGUCCACUACAAACUAGAGAGGACUACAUCAGACUGUUGUUGAGAGUGUACGAUCAAAGUCAUGAAAGAAUACAAAAGGCACUACCAGAUCCAAACGCUGGACUUAUGGAAGCUCUUCAGAUGGACUCACGCAACAGAGCUAAGCUACAGGAGAUGUAUGACGAAAUCCUAGGAUUUUACAAUUCCCUCCCUCCGCAGUACCAAGACAAUCUGAACACCGCUAUUCCCGACAUAGUGAAUUCAAUUGCAAAACGAAGGUGUGAACUUGAUUCAGGAGAACUAAUCAUCAUGGUUGCAGGAGACACUGGGGCAGGGAAAUCAAGCUUCAUUAACCUUUUGUUAGACAUAGACAUACUCCCUGUGCACGCUAUUGAAACAACGCAGACAAUUUGUGAGCUACGAAAGUCCAAGAAUGAGGAAAAGGAAGCCGUUUUUCACUACAAGAGUGGGUUCAGGAGGGAGGGCUUGGCCAAAAAUAUCAUUAAUCUGGAUUGCGCUGAAAAUAUAGAAGAACUGAAAACAAAGAUCAAAGACAGAGACCAGUAUGAACGCAUUGAAAUAUACAUGCCAUUCAAAAUGUUACAGGAAGGCGUUGUGAUCGUAGAUAGUCCCGGAUUUGGAGAACAUGGAAAGAAUUGUGGACUAGUGGAGCGUUAUUUAUCCCGUGCCUGUGGAAUCAUUUACGUGAUCAAUACAGCAUCGGCCGGGGGUGUUGAUUCUGGAAGGAUCAAAGACUUUCUUCAUUUACUUAUAAAUUCCACUGAAGAUCAUCCUUCUGCUACAAUUUUCAUUGGAAACAAAAUUGACUCAGUUGAUGCAAGAGAUCGAGAUGAGGUUAAAGGCACGACAUAUCACAAACUCAAGCAAUGUUUCCCUAGUUUGAAGGAUAACAACAUUUUCUUCAUGUCCGUAACUGAGGCUUUACAAAGUGUUUCCUAUGAUACUUGGACAAAGGAUCAUGAGAACAUGAUACACGGAAUACAAAAACUGUUUCCAGCUAGUCUGAGGAAUAGACUGAGAAGCCAUUACAAAUUUCAGAUACAAACAUUAAAAGAUAUAAUUGUACCUGUUCAGGAUUCACACAAUUUAGCCUUAGCAGGACGAAAUAAAAAUAUUACCACAAUGAAGGAUGUCGAACGUAGAAUGAAUAUUCUUGAGCAAAAUGCAAAAUCAACCAUUCAAAUUUUAAAGAAAAUUAUAAGAGAUGAAGAGGAUCGACUAUAUGGAGAUGUAGUUUCUUAUCUUCGAAGCAGAACAUUCACUGAAACUGUCUUUGCUAUUGAAGAAAGCGAAAGUGCAAUACAAACUAAAGAUUGGAAAAAAGUGGUACAAGAUGCUAAUGUAAUCAUAGGUUAUAGGAUAACAGAAGAAAUAAAUAAGUGGGAAAAAGCAGAUAGACGUACCCAUGGAAUAAAAACAUUGAUAAUGGACAAGUUGGAAAAAGAUUGCCUGGUAUGCGAAAAACAGCUAAAAGAGAUUGAAAGUGCAUUUUUUGGCGUUAAAGAUCUGCAAAGGUCCAUGAGAAAACAAGCACCAGUGAGAGAAAUUUGGACAAAAGCUAAAGAAAACCAAAAACAUGAAGACAACAUUAACAGUUUGGGUACCAUGGUAAGAAGUGCGGGGGUUUUGUGCACCAAAAACAAACGUGUUAAAGAGAUAUGUAAAGGAUACUAUUCGUCAAAAAGCCCACAACAAGACAUGCAGACCAUGAUUGCUAUAUAUAUUGAAAACAUUUUUGAUGGAAAUGACCUUAGAAUUAACAUUAAUAAGUUCAUGAGCAGAUUUACAAAAGGUGUGGAUAUUAUUGAAAGAAAAAUUCCUGAAUUCCUCACCGAGGACGCCAGAUUGAUUCGAAAUAGACAGGAAAAUAUUUCUGAAGCUGAACACAAUCUAAACAUUUCUUCAAAGAUUCUCCACCAAGGAAAACAAUUGCAGGGAAAACUCGGUGUUUUCUGUGUUCACAAUAUCAUAGAACCGGACUUCAGUCUUGGAGACAUAAGUUACAACCGAUCUGAAGAUUUGAUAGGAAGUGGGUCAUUUGCUAAUGUUUACAGAGCGACACUUGUCUGCUACGAACCACCUCUGACUGUAGCCUUAAAAAUCAGGAGAUGUUACUUGCAGGAAAAUAAUGUGUUUGACGUUCUUCUAGAGGAUCAAACAAUGAGAGGGUUAAAUCAUAGAAAUAUUGCUCAUUACUAUGGAGCUACUGUUCGAGAAGAGAAGGUCGGGGAAAGCAAUGUUAUUUUUUGGAUUAUGGUUUUAGAGCAUUGUACGAGCAACUUGCACGAAAAAAUUAUGAAUGAAAAUAACGUUAAUCCUGCCAAAAUAGGAAAUAAAUCCUCCAAUCACGUGGAACAGAUGAAAGAUAUGGCAAAUAUGGUAAUUGAGAUAUGUGAUGGUCUACGAUACAUUUAUGACAAGAACAUGGUUCAUGGGAAUCUUAAGCCUGCAAAUAUUCUUAUAUCCAAAAAUACAAAUAACAAAGACAUAGUAAAACUAUCAGAUGUCAGACUGACUAAUUCUUUCAUGGAUAUCGGCAAUCCAACCAUGAAUUUGGGAGUCUACACUGCGCCCGAAGUUCUCCUCCAAACAGAAACUCACAACCAGAAAUCGGACAUCUAUAGCUUGGCCAUAGUCAUGUGGGAGAUGUGGUAUGGUAUUGAUGCAGCAGAUCACGUAAAAUCGAUCUCGCAGGGAACAUUAGACAGUGCCUUAAAAGAGGGACUGCGUCCUUCUUUGUCUCUGGAACACAAACCGCCCGCUGAUUGGAUAUCUUUGAUCGAGAACUGCUGGGAACUUGAUCCAAACAAGCGAUUAGAAGUUGACGCCGUCAAGACAUUCUUUGAUAGCUUUCUCAAUCACGAAAUUUAAUUUUCAUUUUUUUUUACUAAAUGAUUUUUAUAAAAUUAAAUAAGAUAAAGUAUCUAAAUCAUAUACUUUGUGUUCUUUUCUAAAUUUAAGCGGGCCAAUUUUCGUGGUUUGUUGGUUUUUUAAUUAUCUGUAGGAAUGACAUUUAGUUGUAACUGUGUUUUCAUACUAGAUCAACACAUAUAUACUGCUAUAGAUUACAUGUAUAUGCACAUCUCGGUGGCAAUUUUUUUUGGGCUAAGGUGGGAUUGUAUCUAAGAGACAAAAUAUCAGCUGUUGCAAGCUAUAUAGUCAUACUCAAUGAAUAUCACAGCCUCAAUUAUUCAUUAUGAUUUGCAAGUAUCAUGGGCACAUUAAAUAAUUUAAAUCACAAGUCGUUAUACUCGCACAUCAUAUAGUUUACGAACAUUUAGGUUUUGUAUUGUAAAUACACCGUGUGCAUUGCUUAAACAUUCUGAACAUAAAUCAGCAGGGGGAGUGAAAUAUAAAAGAUU